CCUCACUUCUCAAUCGCUGUCUGCGGAAACGGCGUAGUGUGUACCUCGGCCACUUUGACUAGUGCCAACUACUGGGCUCUUCCAGUCACAUACGUUUGGAGAUGAACACAGAUGAUUCAGCUCCAAAAUCAUCUCUUGGUCGUGGUGGGCGGGGAGCUGCUCUACUCAGAGCUCUUCAUAGUCUACCACAACAACCAAACCAAGCCUUGGCAGAGAGUGUCUCUCCAGCUCCAGCUGUACCUACUCCAUGUGUCUCAGGGGGUGCUGGUGUUCAAGAUGAUAGCAGUGGAACCAUUUAUUCAUCAUUGGGCACUAACCGAGGGGCACUCAUCAGUCAGCUGCUCAAGAAUAAAAGUGCUUUAUUGCCUCCAGGUGGAGAUACUUAUGACAAGCAAGGGGUUCGCCCAAAAUUGGACUUGGCCAGAGGUCGUGCAGCACAUCUGCAAACCCGUUUAAUUGACAAACCUACAGCUCAGGUUGGAGCUCAGUCAUUAUCAUCAGUUUCACAAGAGUGUAGAGAUUAUUCAUCAUCGGUGACAGAGAAGCUUCAACAAUUGAGUAUCCAAGACACUGACGACCAAGUUUGUCGUCAGGGGACCACUGGAACUAAACUGCCUUUCUUGUCAAACUGGAUUCGUCUGUCCCUUAAAGAAAAUAAGGCUGUAUUUGAGUAUGAGGUAAAAUUUGUUCCUCAAGUUGAUGCACGUAAUCUUCGCUUCCGUCUCCUCAACUCUAUGAGAGACAAGAUUGGCUCAGUUAAGAGUUUUGAUGGAUCUCUGUUGUGGUUACCCAUCAUGCUACCAAAUAAGAAUGUUACUUAUACUACUGCAAAUCCCCUUAAUAAAGAAAAUGUAAAAAUUGAAAUAGUUUACAAGAAACAAACAGAACUGGAUACGAGUGUGCAUCUUUAUAAUGUGCUUUUUAAUCGAAUAAUGAAAAUCCUGAAAUUGGCGAAGAUUGGGAGAAAUUACUUUUCUCCUGGAGGAGCUGUUCUUAUACCUCAGCACCAGUUGGAGGUAUGGCCAGGGUAUGUAACAGCAGUAAAUUACCAAGAUGGAGGGCUCAUGCUGUGUGUUGAUGUAUCACACAGAGUUCUACGUACUCAAACCUGUUACGAUAUGAUGUCUGAAUUGUGUCAAAUACAGAAGGCCAACUCCAAGAUAUUGAUUGUUAAGCAGUUUAUUGGCUGCAUUGUACUCACGCGUUACAACAAUAAGAUUUACCGCAUAGAUGAUAUUCUCUUUGACCAGAAUCCCACCUCCACAUUUACAAACUCUGAAGGAGAAGAGAUCACGUAUGUUGAUUAUUAUUACUCUGCAUAUGGCAUCAAGAUCAAGGAUCAUCGUCAACCGCUGUUGUUGCACCGGGUUAAGAAAAAGGAAUUGAAAGAUAAGGAUACAACGAAGAUCUUGUGCCUUAUUCCUGAGCUGUGCUUCAUGACUGGUCUGACAGAUGAAAUGCGGUCUGACUUUCGAGUAAUGAAGGAUAUUGCAAUGCACACACGCAUCACACCAACAGUUCGUUAUGGUUGUUUACGAACAUUCAUAAAGAAUGUGAAUGAUAAUGCAGAGGCUUGUAAAGUCCUGUCGGACUGGGGUUUGACUCUGGAAGAUAAUGUAAUACCACUGGAAGGUCGUUUAAUACCUCCUGAAGCUAUCUACUUUAAGAACAAAGAGGUGGAAGGUACACUGACGGCAGACUGGGCUCAGGAAGCUGGAAGAGCAAAUACUCUUGUCCCUGUAGACCUGAAACCACACUGUUGGCUGAUCCUCUUCACCCAGAAAAUCCAGCAGAAUGCAAGUAAAUUUGUUGGCAUGUUAAAGCAGGUGACUCGCAUCAUGGGUAUUCAUGUUGGAGACCCUCAAAUGGUCUGCCUGCCUGAUGACAAGACAGAGAGUUAUGUCAACAGCUUGAAAAUUUUUUAUCAUGAUGAGUUGCAGUUGGCAGUCAUUAUCUUCCCAUCUCGGCGAGAGGACCGAUACUCAGCAGUGAAGCGACUUGCAUGUGUAGACUUGGCUCUUCCGACCCAGUGUAUCAACAGUCGCACUAUUAGCCAGGACAGUAUACUGCGUUCGGUAACACAGAAGAUUGCAUUGCAGAUUAAUUGUAAACUUGGUGGGGAACUGUGGAUGUUGAAGAUUCCCAUGACUGGACUAAUGGUGUGUGGCAUUGAUGUUUACAAUGAUCCAGCCAGACGGGUAGCAUCAGCGGUUGGAUUUGUGUCAUCCAUCAAUCAGACGCUAACCAGAUGGUACUCUCGUAUCAGCUUCCAGCAUCCUGGUGAAGAAGUAGUACAUGGUCUUAAAACAUGUCUACUGGAAGCCCUUCGUCAUUAUUUCAAGCUGUACCAUGUUUUACCUCGGACCAUAAUCAUUUAUCGAGAUGGAGUAAGUGAUGGACAAUUAAAGCUUGUUGAAGACCAUGAGGUCCCUCAACUGGCAACAGUAUUCCAUCACUUUGAUUCUUAUGAGCCCAAGCUGGCUUUUAUUGUUGUGCAGAAAAGGAUCAAUACUAGGAUUUUUGCUUCCAUGAGCUCUAAAAGGUUGGACAAUCCUCCUCCAGGCUGUAUCAUCGACCACACAAUCUCUCGAUGCCAUUGGUAUGAUUUUCUCCUUGUGUCUCAACAAAUAAGACAGGGGACAGUAUGUCCUACGCACUAUAUUGUUGUGCACGAUGGAACUAAAUUGAAGGCGGACAACAUGCAGCGGUUGGCUUACAAAUUGACAUACCUCUAUUACAACUGGCCUGGCACCAUUCGCGUCCCUGCUCCCUGUCAGUAUGCUCACAAGUUAGCCUACCUCAUUGGCCAGAAUGUAAGGAAGUCUCCUGCUGUUGAACUGUGUGACAAGCUUUUCUUCUUGUGAGCAAUUUUCAGAGUUUAUUCCAUGCUCAUGAGCUGCAUAGGCUUUCAUAUCAACUCUUGGCUUCCAUUAAACCUUAUAUACUGUACAUUUUGAUGACAAUUACUCAUUAAAUAAUAAUCAUGGAAGAUCAAAACUACCCCAGUAUCAUAAAUAUUGUUAUGAGACUGAAAAAAGUACAGAGUUGUUUAUUAUCUUUAACCAUUUUAAUGCAAUGGUGAACUUUGGUCUACAACUACUGGGGUAUUUAUUUACCCUUGAGUGCAACCGUCGACUGUAGUUUACAGUCAGUGAAAAAUGUCUCUCCUCCU